AUGUCGCAUCUAUAUGGAGUUUUCCUCCAAAGGCACCCUCUUCGAUAUGAUCACCCAGUUUCGUGGGAAACCAAUGCUGAGAAUAUGAUCGGACGUGCCGCACUUAUGAUCCUACAAGGACUCGACGCUCUUCACUCACACGGCUACGUUCACUGUGACCUCAAGCCAGCCAACGUCCUCGUCUUCCCUUCCCUUGCUGAUUUCGGUUCAUCUAAAGAGCCUUGUACGGAUUCUAGGUCGUAUUUCCUGAUGUUUGGAGGUUGUCCAGUGAAGAUGAGAGAAUGUUACUUGUGGGGGCUUCCCAAACUUGUCUCUCCAGUGCCCAUCGACUUCUUGAAGCGGUGCUUGGCGUUGCAGCCGUCACGUAGGGCCACAGCGGCCGAGCUGUUCAGCCAUCCUUUUGAGGCGCAAAGAGACAGUACUAUUGUUACAGUCACAGAGAUGCUUAUGUUUCUUUCUUUCUUAAGGUUUCCUUUCUCCAUAAUGGGCCAAGUGGUAGAAGAAUAUUCUAGAUUACAAGGAGGAGUGAGGGUUUGA